AUGACUUUCGACAACAGCUUAGUCCAUUACGGAGUUUGCCCUCGUAGUCUUCAACCAAGCGAACUAUGUCUAGCAUGGGCUCUCGUUUGGAGUCAUUUCACUGGCGAAACUGACCUUACAUUUGACACUAUCCAAGCGGACGCAUCUUCUCAGUUCAAAGUUCUCCUGGAGAGUGACUCCACCGUUGCUGAUACGCGCCAGGAUAUUGAGCAUCAGCUCGAACGCAGCCACGAUAUUGAGGUUGGAAACACAAACGUGUGCCUAUUUGUGAUUCAGGACCUGCUGAAGGAUCCUUCUCCACUCGACAUAACUAAAUACCAAAGCUGGGGCCACAAAGUCGUGGUGCUCUGUGACUUCGAGAACGGCUCCUGGAAGAUCCAGGGGUGGACGUGCAACGACACACUAGAGCGCUGGAGACUACGGAGAAUCCUGGAGCACUUCAUAGACAGCCUACACGUUUUGUCUGUUAGCCUCAAUGACGAUCUCAAAAGGGCAUCUUCUCUGCCGAUUCGACUGAUAGACAAGGCGCAGAUCCAGGAAUGGAAUGGAUCAGGACAGCCCGCUGUGGAUGCCUGUAUCCACAGCCUUGUUCACAAAAUGGCUCAGUCUCAGGCAAGUUCGCCGGCGGUAUGUGCAUGGGAUGGAGAGUUCACAUACGAGGAAAUCGACCGGCUUUCUUCCCAGCUUGCCAACCACCUGCAGAGUCUGGGGGUAGGCCUGGAGACACACGUCUCGUUGUACUUCCAACCGUCACGAUGGUCGCCCGUGGCCAUUCUCGCUGUUCUAAAGUCGGGGGGCACCUUCGUCCUGCUCGAAACUUCCUAUCCGCUAGACCGCUUGAAGCGCAUGUGUCAGGAUGUGAAUGCAGGCCUUGUCAUCUCAUUGCCACAGGAUGCAGAGACGGCUGCAUGUCUCGGAGCACCUGUGUUUGCCCUGGAUGGGGAGGACAAAUUAGCAGCGUGGAGAGCCCAGCCGUUGGAAGUGAAUUUAUCCACCAAUUCACACAAUGCUGCGUAUGUGGCCUUCACAUCUGGAUCAACUGGCAAACCCAAAGGUUUCACUAUCGAGCAUGGACAUUACUGCACUUCCGCGGCCGCUCAUGCAAUGGCCUGGGGCAUCGACUCCCAAGCUCGGGUCUACCAAUUCGCCUCAUACGCGUUCGAUGGUUCGAUUAUGGAGAUGAUCACCACCUUGAUUGAGGGCGGGUGUGUCUGUAUUCCGAGUGCUGCAGACCGACAGAACAACCUGGCUGGCUCGUUUGCCGCUCUCCGGGCAACCUUCAUUUGUCUCACACCUUCCAUGCUCAAACACCUUGAUCAUGCAGACUUUCCAAGUUUAGAGAAGCUUCUUGUUACAGGAGAGCUGACCCCAAAGCAGCAGAUCGAGCAUUGGGCGGAGAAGGUGAAGAUGACCAUCACGUACGGACCCUCCGAAUGCUCCGUCGCAUGUGCCGUCCAGGAACAUGUAUCAACCACCACAGACGCCUCCAAUCUAGGGCGAGCUAUGGGUUGCAAUCUUUGGAUCGCUCAAAUGCGCGACAUCACCUCAAUAGCCCCCAUCGGAGCCGUGGGCGAGAUCUGCGUGGAGGGGCCAACCGUCGGCCGAGGGUACGUCAACAAUUUCGAGCAAACGGCCGCGUCAUUCUUCGAAGGCUUGCCGUGGUUGUCACUGGUUCAGCGACAGAGCAGCCGUGUCUACCGUACCGGUGAUUUAGGUCGCUAUAACCCCGAUGGAUCGAUUCAAUUGAUUGGGCGGAAGGAUUCACAGAUCAAGAUACGCGGACAACGAACGGAGGUUGGCGAGAUCGAGAACCAGAUCCGUGGUACUUUAACAGGAUCAUUCAAGGAUGUCGUCGUCGAAGUCGUCCGAUGGGGCCAAGGCGAUCCGAUUUUGGUGGUCUUUGUCUGCGAUAGCGCUGAGAAGAAGUUUACUAGCCAGGAGAAAAGUCCGGCCUUGCUUGAAUCGGACGACACCCUCCAUAGGGAAUUUCAACAGAUCAAGAAUUAUCUACGAAAUAUCCUCCCCGUAUACAUGAUCCCGACUACCUUCUUUCCGAUUUCUCGUAUCCCGCUCACCAGCACGGGCAAGGUCGAUCGUGGUCGACUGAGAGACCUGAUCUCCAACCUGCAAUCAGACGCCUUUGCUCGCUACGCCGCAAUUACAAGUGCCAAACGCCAGCCCACAAGCGAUCUCGAACGGUCAUUUCAACUAGUUGCCGCCAAUGCACUUGGACUCCCCGCAAAGAGCAUUGGCAUGAACGAUGACUUCUUUGGUCUCGGUGGGAACUCCCUAACGGCCAUGAAGCUGGUCACACUGGCGCGAGACCAACAGCUUGUCCUCACCGUGGCGGAUGUCUUCGCCAACUCCAUCUUGUCAAAAGUUCUUUCAGUUAGUACCGCCCAGAUGAGUGAAGGGGGUAUCAAAAAUCUUCGGCUUGAGGAACCUGCUCCCAUGUCACUGGUCCGUGGGGUUCAGGAUCCAGUUUCAUUUGUGCACGACGUGAUCGCUCCCCAGUUGCCGUUUCAUAGAGCAGAAGACAUUGAAAAUGUUCUUCCAGCAACUGACAUGCAGUCAUAUGUUGAGCGAUUCCCGCCUCAUUACCCGUUGGUACGAUUGAAUGGUGAGGUGGACAAGUUGCAGGUAAAGGUCGCAUGCGAACAGCUCGUCCAACGACAUGCUGUUCUCCGGACGGUAUUCGCGUCCUACAACGGUCGGUCAUUGCAGGUUGUCUUGAAAGCGAUCGACGUUCCCUUUCGGUAUGUUGAGACCGCCGGCACCAUUUCAGAUUUCGAGGACGCCUUCUGUCGGUACGACGGGACCCUUGAAGUGCCAGUCAGUGUCCCCGGCCUCAUUUUCGCCUUAGUUUCGCGAAGUGCGACCGAACACAGCCUCAUUGUCCGAUUGCCAUUGCCUUGCUGCGAUGGUGAGUCAUGGAUUAUCCUCUUGCAUGACUGGAUGGCGUUGUAUCAAAAGCAAGUCUUGCUUCCUCCCGUAACCUUCGCAGCUUGGGAGUCACUAUACAUUGCCCAACAGAACGAAAAAACAUUUAGUUUUUGGCGAAACAUGCUCCAAGGCUCCACUAUGGCCCAUCUGUGCGACCCUACAAUCGAUGUGCUCGACGAAGAGUUCAUUUUUGCAACCCAAAACAUCCCGCUCCUACAGCCUCCGCUGUCAAUCACCCGUGCGACCCUGGUCAAGACCGCGUGGGCAUUGACGUUGGCCGAAUACAAAAAAGAGACAGAUAUCGUCUUUGGCCAGCUCAUUCACGGACGAGCCCAUGCUUUCUCCGAUGAAGAGCGUGUAGCCGGGCACUUGGCAAAAAUCAUCCCCGUGCGGGUCAAUCUACAAUCUUUCUCGACCGGGUUGGAUCUGCUACAGAAAGUCCAGCAGCAGCACCUGGCCUGCAUGGAAUUUGACCUAGUCGACUUCCAUGAUCUCGUCUCCAACUGUACCGCGUGGCCGUCAGAUACGCGGUACGGGACGUACGUCCUGCACCAGGACAAUGAGUAUCUUGGGGAGACCGGGUUGAUGGCUGAUAUUAGGGUUUCUACUAGCAUGGCAUAUAAUCCGAUGAUUUCCAAGGCGGUACGAGAGUUUGUAAUCAUGUCGACGCCUCGUGGAAAUGAGCAUGAGAUCAUGAUUUGUGCUACCAGUGUGUAUGUAGAUCAAUCUACGGCUGAUUGGUUGCUGGCAAAGAUGGUGGCCAAGUUGCAGAUACUGGCGAAUGCCGCGAACACUACUCGUCUGGAUGAAUUGAUGGAUGGUGAAGCGUAA